AUGCCACCACCCCGCAGACGUCGUCUUGGCACUAUUUCUACUUCUACUCCUGAUGUAGGAUCGAAUGUGCCACCUACGCAAGGCCACGAGGAUGAGCUGGUGACGGAGCCUAUUUGGUACCUUGGGGGUCCUGUAGACGCAUCCCUUUUGACAAGGUAUGACGAGCAUGCAGCUAGACAUAUAUGGGAUGGAGAGAGUAGGGAUCCCCAGAGGUUCUACGACCAUGGGCGGAAGAUUAAAGAUCUCGCACAUUCUGACGAGCCAUGGUUUCAGGAGGUAUUGGCAGCUUCAGGCAUGAGGGACCUUUGCGUGCUCGGCUACGAUACCAUACAUAAUGGUAUGCUUGCGGCCUUUGCGGAGAGAUGGCAUCCUGAGACAUCCUCAUUUCAUCCACCCCACGGUGAGAUUACCAUCACCCUAGAUGAUGUGGCAUGCCUACUUCAUCUUCCUAUCAGGGGUACCCUCCUUUGUCACAGUUGGCUGACGAAGGCGGAAGCUCAGGAUAUGUUGAUUGCUGAGCUGGGGGCUGAUCCCGAUGACGCCCUUGAGGAGGUGGAGAGGACACGAGGGGCCCACGUCAGGUUUAGGUUCCUGCAGAGACAGUAUGAUGCGGAGCUCACUGCGGAACUACAGGCUGAGGGGGAUGAGUUAGAGCAGGCUACACACACAGAGCGGGCGCUGAGAUGCUACUUCCUAUAUUUGAUAGGCACUCAGCUCUUUGUGGACACGAGCUCGACGUACACAUACAUCGUCUACCUGACGUACUUAUCGGAUAUAACAUGUAUCCAUGAGUACAACUAG